AUGACAGACGACUAUGAUGAUAUACUCAACUCCCUAAAUAAUAACUACUAUUAUAUAGAUGGAAACAAUCUAUCUCCUUCCCUUGAAACCUGGUCCAAUUCUAGCGACAUUCAAGAAUUUGACCUCAACAGUCUCAACCUCUCCCACUCUGAUUCGUCAUGGGUUGACCUUGACCCUUUAGAGUCAGCCAUAACGUCCACUCGAAAUGGCUCUGCCCCAGUUCUCAGUACCCUUUCUCAAUUCACUGCCAUCCUAUCCCAAACUGGUAUCCACGGCCCUCGUCUCAUCAGACCGGCCAAUCUCUCCACCCGAGCCACUAAGAUCGGCUCUGGUGCUCAAUUUACCGUGUUCAAAGACCCCAUAUUCGAAGGAGAGGUCAUCAAGCGUGUUAAUGUCCCACUAUCAAACAUAGCGGAACAGCGCUUCUCAGCAAGCAUAGACUAUCGCUUACAGCUAAGAACAUUGGUACUAGAGGUACUAUCGCUCUGCAACCCCGUUAUCCGUGCGCAUCCAAACAUCACCAGUCUCAUGGCAUGGGGGUUUGAUUUCCCCUUUGCGGAUAUGGCCGUGCCCGUGUUGUUUAUGGAGGAGGCCAUGAUGACUUUGGGGGACUUUCUGGGCGCUGAGAAGAGGGAGGUGGGAGUGAUGUAUCAGCUUGCGCUAGGUGUAGCAAAUGGGCUGGAAGCGCUGCAUAACCUCAAGAUCGUGCAUGGGGAUGUCAAGCCGGACAAUGUGCUUGUGUUUGCCGGCCCGAGUGAGAAUAUGCCCUUCCAAGCUAAGUUAAGUGAUUUCGGGGUUUGUGUUGAUUUAGAGACACCCGAGGGGAGAUUUGCGUUGAGUGAUUACCGUGGAACGCCGGCUUGGUUGGCACCUGAAGUGGUGAAUGGGGAUGUUUCGAGCUUUGGGGGCUUCUCGCCGGAAUUGAUGUUCAAGUUUGAUGCGUAUAGCUUCGGCAUGGUGCUCGUGUCUAUUUUCACCGGUGGUCAGGUUCCCGUUAUGGAUAGGAAUCCUGACAGGGUCACAGAUCAGAUUUACAAGUUGCUCAGCCAAGCAGAUAUACCCUCAACUAUGCGCACUGAGCUGCGCAAGGCAGCUUUGAAACUAUUGUCCCAGGACCCUAGAGAGAGACCACUCCCAAGUGCAACUUUGCUCAAGAUCGACAUCCCGACCUACGCUUUCUGGUAUCUCAACCGUUCCUUCAUUCACAUCGAUCAAUGGCUGAUAACUAACCCUAGGUUUUCCUCAAUCCAACCCAACUCCACAAACACUCAUGUAGGAACUAUUGAUCCAAUAUACAACAAAGGUCCGCUCUUCUGGUACAGGCUCGAUCAGAGUAUUCGAACAGAGCUUGAGGAGCAGCACGCGCUCAGUAAGGGAGGGAAUGCGCCUCCAUUUGCAGGAGAUGUGCUUUUUGGGAUGGCGCAGACAAUUACCGGCGAGAAGCCGAUGUACCUCAAUCGAAUGCUAACGUAUUUGGGUGACGCAGCGAGAGGGGGAUACUCACCGGCUAAGGCUGUAUAUGCGCAGAUUAUGGAGGCGCAUGGUCAAACGCCGGAGUUCAGCAACGAAGUGUUGGAAGAGUGGAUGCUGCAGGCUGUUUCCGAGGGGUACCUUUUUGCGAAACCUGGUGGAUUGGAGAAGAGAGUGGAAGAGGCGAAGAACCGGUUUAGAAUCCAGGGGGGUUCUGCUCAGACCCAUUCCUGCGGAAAAGUGAUGUUAAGGGAAAAGGCACUGAAGUGGAAGAUCAAGAACGGGAAUUUUGUCGAUCGUACACGGAAUACGAUAUUGCAUGCUGCUGCUGCUUUUGGGGCUGCUGAUGCGUUGCAGGGUCUAAUGGAUGAUGCAAAGAUAGAGGUGGACGUGGAGAAUGAGAAUGCCGAGACGCCGUUGUAUAAGGCGUUUCAGGCGGGACAUACGAAAGUGAUUGAGGUCCUGCUUGGCCAUGGUGCGAGUGCGUCCUGUAGAACUCGACAGAAGAUCACUCCUCUGCAUUGGCUGUUUAUGAUCCCCGAGGGUUCGAUCCGUGAAAUCGCAAAACGGAUGGUUGAAAGAGGAGCAGAUGUCAAUGCAGUGAUGGAGCCCGUCAAGGAUCACAACAGUGGAUUCUCAGAAAAAAUCCAGAUACUUCAUUACCCGUUUGAACUUCCACAUGGGUCACCUCUUCACUGGGCAUGUUUCUUCCGCAACAUGACAGCCAUCAACGCUCUCAUUUCCCUCGGGGCUAAUGUCAACGCAUUCUAUCAUGGCUCAGACCCGUCAACCACUCCACUUGCGUUGGCAGCGUACUUUGGGGAGCCUAUCAUAGCCAAAUAUCUGACAUCUCAUGGUGCGGACGGCACUUUACUCGACUCAAUCGGACGAAAUAACUUGCACGGAAUCACGAAGUAUUUUCCUGACCGGCAUGGCUACCUGCGUCAUCACUGGCAUUAUUGGAUUCGCCAUGGGACUUGGGAGCAUCAUUUGGCGCAGAUCGCGGAUUUGGUCAAUAUAUUGGUCGAGGCUGGUGCAGACAUCAAUGCCAAGGAUAAGGGGAAACCUUGUCUGACCCCCCUGGCAGCGGCAGCCGAUCGGGGAUGCUGGGAUGGGGGUAUGAUAUGUGCAUUGCUGGAUGCUGGAGCUGAUUUGGGGGAAUCAAUCCUGACCAUGGGAGAUACAGUCCUGCAUUCAUGGGCCUCUAUCGUUGGACCGCGUCUGGAUUACCCAGAUUCAUACCUACCGACAUUGAAAAAGAUAGUCAAGGCUAUGCCAAACCUUGACGUCUGUAACCGGUUCGAAGAGGCUACUCCACUCCAUGAGUUAACAACCAUCUACCACUCGGAGAACGAAUUCGAGGCUGCAUGCGAGAUUUUCCUCGGUCACUCCCGUCCAGCAGACAUCAAUGCAAAGACCCGUCGUGGCGAAUCCCCACUAUCUAUAGCUCUGGAGACAGACCUCGAUCCCGCACGACGAGGCCGCUUCUUGCUCGAGAAAGGGGCCGAUCCCCUCGUUCUCAACUACCGAGGGCGAGACGUCUUCUAUUCAAUUGCCAACAACCUUGUUCUCGCUGACCAAGACAGUCACGACCUCAUCCAGCACCUUCUCCUUCAUCUCAGCCCUGACAUCCAAAAGGCCUACACAAAGUACUAUCUCCACAACCCCAACAGCAACGAACCCCUCUUCGCCGCCGCAGACAGCGGAAAACCGUUCACGUUAAACCUCCUCCUCUCUCUCGGUCUUGCCAGCUACAUCAAUAAGCCUAACACAACGAAGUCUCCACCGUGGACCCCCCUAGAUCGCGCUCUCCACUCCGCCGAGCUCAGCCGCCGCGCACACAUGCGGAAACUGGCAUCUUACAAACCUGGUGCAGCACGAAUUAAAGCGCUGAAGCAGAACCUCGUCUACGAUGAAACCCAAGGUCCACCGGCGCGUGCAGCUGAAUCGUACAGAUCAUUUCCAGAGGUUAUCCGGAUCCUUCGAGAUGCAGGGGCUAAACGGACAUGUGAGUUGGAGGGCACAAAGGGGGAUUAUAUUGAACAACCGAGGGAGUGGGAUCAAGAGGAAAUUCAAAAGUACGGAUUUACGGUGGAGACACAACCGAAUGUUGAGGCAUGGAGGGGAUUAUAUGAAUUGGCUAGAUACCAGAGUGGAAAUUGGCUGGGUAUGUUGAUGGGGAAAUGA